AAGAACUUUCAUGUGGGCUUUCUUGAUCCACAACUGAUGUCACUAGAUAGCAUAAACUUUGAUAGAGACCGAGUUAUGCAGUAUGUUCAAAAGGCCUUCACUAGGUAUACCAAUAGAGACUUCAUAAUGUUUGCCUACAACAUUGGCGGCUUAGCUGGUGCUCAUUGGAUCGUGGUGAUAAUAAUUCAAAAGUGGAAUAAGGUCAUAUACCUUGAUUCCAACAGAUCUGCAAAACAUGAUUUCAGCAUGUUAAAAUCCUUGAUUGAUGAGGCUUAUGAAAAACACACAAGCAAGAUGAAAGACAAGCCGCAACCAUUGACACACGCUUCUAAAUAUCCGUGCCAACAACAAACUUCUAGCAAGACAUCCGGCUUCUAUGCUGCACACAACUUGAUGUUAGCCAUGCAAAAGACAGACUUGGAAUGCCCUGAGGAAUUUGAAGUGCUGACGGCGCCUAUCGAUUUCAACGCAAUUAGAGAGAAGCUGAGCAAGUUCUUUAUGGAACAGAUCAUCAACAGGAGAGGGGAGUUCCAUAAUCCUAGUUAAGCUCCAGUGAUGUGUGAUUGCCAUUAUUAUCAAUGUGUCCAGUGUGUGAGUGAAUAAGUUGUACAAUCUUGUGAUGGAACUUGCUGUCGAUGAAUUUGACAUGAAUGUGAAUCUGUUGAACUUGAUAUCUAUGUAAUGAGUUUCUUCAUAUAGAGUACUAUUAUUUGCUAUCUGUUGAACUUGCAAGAACUUGAUAUCUAUGCAAGAACUUGAUAUCUAUGUAAUGAGCUUGGCUCACCCUGAGACGACAUGAAUAUUUUGUAGUAUGAAUUGUAUCUAAAAACCUUGUAAAGAAUGUAUUGUUGAAAUGGUGAAACAUUUGUGUGUGCUUA